AUGAAAUUAUUAUCUUAUUUAUUAAUAAUCCCCUUAUUAUUAUCAACAGUAUUAGGUGAUAUUGCCAUUGCGAAACCUCUAAAAGGUCAAACUUUUAGAGCAAGAGAUGGUGUUGUUAGAAUUGAAGUUGAUUGGCAAGAUUCAAGAGUUGAACCAGAUUUUAGUCAAUUUGAUGAAUUAACAUUUACAAUUUGUACAGGUACAAAUAAUGAUAUUCAAGGUAUUAGAUCUUUAAAAAAAAUUGCAUAUGAUGAAAUUGAAGAUGAUAAUUAUAUCUUGGAAGUUCCUGCUUCAAUUGGUACAGAUGGUCCAUAUUUUAUUCAAAUUUAUGCUGCAACUAAAAGAAGAGGUUUUACAAUUAAUUAUUCUCAAAGAUUUAAUUUAGAAGGUAUGACUGGUACAGAAGAAGCUCAUGGUAAUGAUCCAGUUCCACCAGAUGGACAAAUUUCUUUAGAAGCUAAUGGUCAUACAUUUACCACUGAACGUGAUUUAAUUUCAUUGUCAUUUGAUAUUCAUUAUACUUCACAAAAUGGUUUAACAAAAUAUGCACCAAUGCAAGUUCAACCAGGUUCAACCAUUACUAAAACAAAAUGGUCAAGACGUUAUGACACUUCAGCUGUUUCAUAUUUUUCCAAAAUUAAAAAUGAAGUUAGUGUUGAAUCAACAAUUACACCAGGUUGGAAUUAUACAAUGAGUUCUGAUAUUAAUUAUGCAAGUCCUGCUGCAAAUCCAACUCAAGUUCCUUGGUAUAAUCCAAAAGAUCGUUUAAGACCAGUUUCAAGAAUGACUCCAGCAAUUACUAGUACUGCAAAUUGA